GAUACACGGAAGCUCUCUAAAGAAAAUGAUACACCGAAAGUCUCAGAAGAUCACACAGACCAAGAAAAUACAGCGGAAGAGGUUCAGGCCAUGCGAAAUCGAGCUCUCAGCCGCCACGCAAAGAUUAUUGCGGCCGAGGCGAAGGCCACUACGCCGACUGCGGUGGUGUAUCGUAUCAUCGAGAACGAUUACCGGGCUGUGAAAGAGACGGCGGAUCAUAUACGGUAUGUACUAGAACGUGAGAAAGGCGUCAGCCUGCCGGGCGCAUUAUCCUCGCGGUGGAUAAUCAACAGGCUGCAUGAUGUAGAAGAAUUGAAUUCAGUGGAAGAAGUAUUGAAAGAGUAUGGAGCCGAAUAUAGCGUCAUUCCAUUCGAGUGGGAUGAGUAUCGCGAAAAAAAACUUGUAUAUGAAGGGCGACUUCCUAUUGAUAUUCUCAGAAGUGGACGCUACUACAACAUGCCUCUGACUCAGCGCUUAAGCAUCAAUCACGACAUAUACAAGUACAAGAAGAACUACGUAACUAACAGGAGAGGGGGACGUGCUCUGGCAAUUGGAGAAGCGGAGCGUAUGGAUGUGCGUCCGGAUUGGGUGAUUUUGCUAGAUUGGGAUGUUCUAUUGCUACCUGAGCAGUGGGCGAACUUACGGCACGCUCUCCGAGAAAUGACCUCGAACAAAGACAUCACACAGCAGCUCAAUAUUCGGUCUGCAGAUGUGUCUUUCAGGUUAGUGGAUCAUACCGCCGCGUAUAUGCCAAGACAAUACCGCGUCGGUCGGAUCCAGAGUGCCAUCAAACUGGCGCCAGUAGGAGAGAAGACAAAGCGAUGGCGAGAGCCCUCAAAAGACGGCGCUAGUCUCGAGCAACCUAUUCUAUUCCACGCUUUCAAGGAGUCCAAACCGCACCGGAUGGAUCGGGGCUACAUGGUCAACUUGUUUGAUGAGCUCAAAGCGUUAGAUACGACUGUCGCCGCCAAGUAUCACGGGUUUACAGACCGCACGUUGCUAAUGUACAACGAGACUAUUUUACAGUUGGAGAAACAAAGGUACAGAGAUUUGGUGGCAAAAAAAGUCAGCAACCCAAAUGAACGGGACUUAGAGUUGAAAAGCUUGAUCGAUACUCUGAUUAAGGAUGCGGACUACUCAAAAACACAGGGCCCUUGGUCUGUGACGUACAAAACCGAGCUUCCUCCAAGUCGGAAUAAGCACGACUACUACAGCGUCAAGCCAUACUACUGGCCCGAUCCCAACACUAAGACUGGAUUACCGUAUAUUCGUCGAGACGGAGAGAGGAUACCAGGGUCGGUUCUGUAUGACGUUGGCAGCGAGAAGUACGACCGGACGGCGUUGGCCAAUAUGUUCCGCAAUACCACAGUGCUAAUAUUGGCAUACCAUAUGACAGAAGAUGAGACAUACGCAAAAAAAGCGGUAGACAAUGUUAGGGUGUGGUUCUUGAACGAGGAAACGCGGCAAACUCCGCAUUCGAUGUAUGCUCAAAUCCAUUGGGGCGUCAACGGCAACUUAGGGCGCAGUACUGGAGUAUUGGAAUUCCGUAGCGUGUUCUUCUUCCUAGACGCAAUGCGACUUCUCGAGGCGUCUACCUCCUUUACAGAAGAAGACAGCACUGCCUUUAAGAUAUGGAUGACCAACUAUUCCAAUUAUUUGGACACCAGUAAACAGGCCAAAACAGAGUACAAGCACGACAAUAAUCACGGCACCUUCUUCGACGUGCAACGGUUGGCUCUCGCUGCAUACUUGAACGACAUUGACACGUUCCUAUGGCUGGCCCAGUCAGACGUGGCACGAAUUCUGGAACAGUUCGACCUCGACGGCUCAAUGCCCGAAGAGAUGAUACGGCCAACCCAGCUGCAUUACAUGAUGUUCGCACUGCAAGGCUGGCUAAUAGUAGCCCACAUGGCAUCAAGGGCCGGCGUGGAUCUCUGGAGUUAUACAGAGCCGGGAGAAAAGAGACCUGCA